GGUCGAAAGAAAGAAAGGUAGCGGGGAGCCAGACUUUUGGGUGGGCUACUCCUUUAUUCAACUUCAAACGCAAUCAUUAGCAAGCGAUUAGACAAUAGCUAAUUACUUUCAAGUAGCGACAAACACCAAUGCUACUCGUGUAUUGUCCCGCCCCACAGUUACACUCGCUAAUCGGAAACUUUGGAGAAAGGGGUGUUGACGAUUACUUUGGAGUAGGCUACUUGGAGUCGAGGAGCUAAAGGAUUGAUGUGUGACUCAAAGACGGAGGGGGUUGUCAUUAGAAGAUUCCUCCACUCAUCUAGAAAUAGCUUUCCUGCCGCGAGACCACAAUACCAUUCCUCUUUCGAUCACUCGCUAUAUAAAUCAUCUCAACUCGAUGAGGUAGUGAUUCUUUCUCUUCAGAGUUGUCCCAGCUACCACUCUUGCCAUAUCUUCACCACUAUCUCUCAGAAUUCCACUUCCGGAUUUCCAGAUUUGGCAGUUAUUAUGAUUCUUUAAUCGAGUGUUUUCUGUUGGCUUUUGUUGAGUUGUUGUCGAAACACACACAGCUGGACACCUUCUUGAACAUGUUUACAUCUUAUGUCGAAAGGAAGAGAGGACAGUUAUUAUUCCAGUGAAUCUUGAUCAUUCGUAUGAUAAGCUCUAUCUCUUAAUUUCAUGAGAAAUGUCGAAUCUGUGAUUCUUUAAUCAAUUUCUUAAAAUUAACUAAAACUGAAACCCUGAUACAGUGACUAUAAGGGACUGUCAAAAUGACAGGCGAAACGCUGACUUCGUCGACAUCAUCGAUUACGCUACCAAGUAGUCAUGGUCCACCUCGAUUAUCCGUACCCGCCGCGACGUCGCCUAUUCAUGGCACAUCUCCUGGUCAUCAGAGAUCAUCGUUCGCCAUCCAUGAACUCCUUGGGCUUGGUCGUCAGGAGCAGCCGAAAUCACGGGAAAUCAUCCCAUCACGACCGCUCAUCUCCCCGCUGAUGGCGGCAGCGGCAGCCAGUCAUCCUGCCAUGGCCAGUGUGGCGUCGUGCAUACCCGGGUUUCAUCCGUCCACCGCCUCGCUUUACUUCGCUGCCGCCAAGGCUUCGGUGGGCUACGACCACGCUGCCCUGGCUGCCUUAGCCAUGCACAGUAGUUUCGUACAGCAAGCAAGAAGUCCAACUGGUCUACCCCCUUUGGCAGACUCGAGAAACGAAAUAUUGAUUGAAGAGAACCAUGAGCGGAUAUUCAGUCAACACUCGCCUUCAUCUGUGAGUAGUAUGGGAAAGAAGAAAAGAAAGAAGAGACGACACAGGACCAUAUUUACAUCGUAUCAACUUGAUGAGUUAGAGAAAUCAUUCAAUGAAGCUCAUUAUCCUGAUGUGUAUGCUCGAGAACUGUUGGCGCUCAAAACUGAUCUGCCAGAAGACAGAAUACAGGUGUGGUUUCAGAACCGUCGUGCUAAGUGGCGAAAGAAGGAGAAGUGCUGGGGACGAAGCAGUGUAAUGGCAGAGUAUGGCUUGUAUGGAGCAAUGGUCAGACAUUCGCUACCUUUACCCGACAGCAUCCUUAAAGCGGCUGAAGAGGGGGACAGUUGUGCUCCAUGGUUGUUAGGUAUGCACAAGAAAUCGGUAGAUGUCCCCGAUGUGAUGGGUGACGAAGAGAAAGAAAAGAUUUACCGAGAAAGCAAGGGUAAUAUCACCAAGGAAACACGACAUCAACAGAAAGACUCAAGUAUGAGCGGUGCUGAUGAGAUCAGGACCAACAGUAUCGCUUCGUUGAGAGCCAAAGCCCAAGAGCAUAGCGCAAGAAUCCUAAGCGGUAAAGGAACGGCAUGUGCCACUUCUGCGGGAUGCUCAGAGGCUGUAUCGGGUAGGGACCAUCAUCCAUCCGUGGAUUCACGCCUUCCGAGCGGGGAGAAGAGAGACAGUGGGGUGUGGUCGGGGGAUGACGAACAGGUCAAUUGUUCGGCGUCGUCUCCUGAUGGCCACGCCCAUGGGCGGGAUAUCCAAAGAGAAGAAUAUCAGGCUCGACAUGGUGAUUGGGCAUCGGGCGAAUCUUCGUCCAGUGACGACAGCCACGAUGAAGAAUGUGAAGAAAUCGAGGUCGAUUCAUGAACACGUGAUGUCAAUGCUAUGUGACAUCAUCAAGAUGACCGCCGAUUGUGAAUUAAUAUGUAUAUACUUGCCAAGUAAAUUAAGAGAACAAAUAUGAAUGAUAUAGCUUUAUUGUUAUGAAACAACAUUAUAUUGCAAGACACUUUUAUUUGUGUAGGCGCUUGGAUCAUUAUUUUCUUCAAUUUAGUAUCGUGUCGUUCUUUUGGAAAUAUUUUCAUAUUCCGUCUCUUUGACGGUGUUUCUCCUUUAAGUAAUUCUAAAUUCUAUUCAUUAGAAGUUUCUGUCCCAUUUCCACUAUUACCUUAUUUAAGAAUCCUAUCUAAAUGUACUUUUUGAUUUGUUGCUUUAAAGAAAUAAACGAUUUGUAAAAGCGUUUUGAAAUAAUGAACUUUAUUUUCCU